UCACACAGACUACAGAGCCAAUCAACAAAUAUCUCUUCAUCUCUUUCUUCCUUCCUUCCUCCGUCUCAUUUGGCCAAUUUUUUUAGGGGGGGAGCCAACGUGCCGUUCCUUAUAUGCUUAUCCCUAAUCUAAUUUGAAUCACAGUUUCUUGAUCUGGGAAUCCCAUAUUUCAACCUCAGAUCAUAGUUUUUGCAGUUCAAAAUCCUCAUUUUUCUCAGCUGUUCUCCGUGGAAAUCCACUGGAAGAUGAAAACCCAUCUGUGUUUUGCUCUCUUUUAAGCUUAUAUGGGUGCUUUAACAGAUUCAAACUAAUUGCUUUAAUGUUGAAGAUGCGAAUAAUCUGUUUUUCAUAUCUGAAAUAUUUUUUAUUUGUAUGAGUCAUUCUGUCGUGGUGCUUUGAGAUUAUGGGUAGAGGUAGAGGAAAGGGGAAGAGGUUAACUGUUACCAAUCAUGACGAUCCGGGAAGUGGUGAGGAGGAGAAAAUUCCUGCACAGAAGAGAAGGGGAAGACCACAGAAACCGCUAAAGGAUGAAAUCGAUGAAGAAGUUGAAAAGAUAGAAGAGGAAGACAGUGAGAAUGCAAAAUCUGGUACUCCAAGCAAAGAGAUGAAGAGCCCUUCAGCAACAGAAAAUGGAAAGAAGAGGAAGCGAAACCCACAGGUAAAAGAAAAGCCAGAUUCUGUAAAGGAGGAAAAUGGUAAUGGCAAUCGACUAAGCACUGAUGAUUCAACUAAGUCUAAUGGAUUUCGACAUAAUGGAAGCAGGCGAAAAAGCAAGCCUCGUCGAGCUGCCGAAGCAGGUGUUGAGUGCAAGUGAGAUUGUGGCUUGUUAUCACAAUGGGUUCUCCCAUUUUUCACAAUUGGAUUGCGGAUGGGAAGUGUGACUUAGCAAGACCACAAAUUUCAUAAUGCCUUUUUUUUUCCCUUUAAUUUUUGUUACUUCUCCAUUUUGGUAGCUCUUUGUCAUUCCUUUCUAAAUUUAGAUUGUGAGAUUCAGAAUUUGAUUCUGCUGGUUGUAAUUUUCCGUAAUGCUAUUAUAUUUUAUGAUUUCA